AUGGCAUCAGAAGAGCUUGCUGUCAGCGUUGUGUUGCCCGCAAGCGGUACAGGGGACAGGUUUAGCUGUCAGACUCCAAAGCAGUUUGCUUUCCUGCUGGACAAACCAGUAUUUUUUCACACAGUGAUGGCAUUUUACAGGUUUAACUGGGUACAAAACAUUGUUAUAAUAGUGAGUGCAGAGUACAUUGACAGAGUUACAGCCAUGGUAGACUGUUGCAAAGACAAGGUGAAUGUUGUGCUCGGUAGCAACACCCGACAUAGAUCUAUUCGGGAGGGUGUCCAAGCAUUAUUGCGUGUAAUCCAAGGUGACGAAAACGACAUGUUGACAGCAUCCCUCGACAGGAACCUGUACAGUGCCAGUGAAAUGCCACAGGCUUUCAAGUAUGACUUUAUCAAGAAGGCCUAUGAACAGCGACUGGGAGGUCAUGCGUUCGAUCCCGACUGUGGGAGCCUUCUUUUGAUCUCUACCACAAAGUACUGGUUCUAG